CAAUGCACGUUCCAAACGAAUUUUUAGAAAGACGGACAGAAAGGGCAAAAAAAAAAAAAAAGGAAAAAGUCCGAGCGAUGGCGGCGGAGAGAGAGGCGGCGGCGGCAGCGGCCGAGGCUAGCCUCGAGAGCCGCAUCAGAGAUGCCCUGAGCGACGGCGAAGAAGGUGGCCUAUCUCGCCUCUCCCAGCUCAUCCUCCGUGUGACGGAUUCACUGCUGCAGGAAUCGGCGGCGGACGAUUCCCAGCCGGCGUAUCGGAUCGUGCUCUUCGAUCCCGUGACUCGGCGCAUGGUGGUUCUGCGGGGGGACACCUCGCUCUUGGAGGCGCUGUUGUCUGAGAGCGCCAGGCUGGGCGGAGGCCCGCCGCCGGCGUCCAAGGCGUCGAUCGAGGCGAUGAGGACGGUACGGGAUGUUGCGGGAGAGGAACAAGAUUGCUCGGUGUGCUUGGACGGGUUGGUGGGCGGAGGAGACGCGUCGGAUGCUGUGAAGGAGAUGCCAUGCGGGCAUCGAUUCCACGAAGGGUGCAUCGUGAAGUGGCUGGCGAUGCACGGGUCCUGCCCCUUGUGCCGAUUCCGGAUGCCGACUGAGGGCGAUCCCGGAUCGAAGAUGGCUGGUAGCGAGGAGGGCAUCGAAGCGGAAGGCGACGAGGUGGGAACGCGUAGGGGCAGAAGCCGGAUCUGGGCCAUGAUCGUCUACAGAGGCCAUCUGAAUAGCACACCAAGCGAUCUCGACCAACCCUCCUCAACUUCACCGGAAAAUGGAGGAGACGGUGGCGGCGGAGGUGGAGACGAGUAAUCAGGUCGGUCAAAAUCAUUCUUUUCGUCUUCCUUUUCCCCCGCCUCUUUCGUGCUUUGCCUGGAAUAAAGAUCCGACCUUUUCACCUCAUUUUUCGAUCUGUCGAUCGAUUCUUUUGUUGUUUGAUUCGAUUCCUUUCCUGAGUUCUAUAUUAAAAUUAUUUUCAAAAGCAUUCGACGGUCUUCCGCCAUCCGUAACAUCGAAAAAUUGAAUCUAUUAACUAUUCUUUGAUUUAUGAAUUUGAUUCUAUUAACUAUUCUUCUGUUCAUCUGCUCACAGCUCAUCGUUGUGUUAGAAUAAUUGUUUGAAAUCCUUUGCCUUCUCACCUCCAGUUGUCACUCCCAAAUCAAUUAUAUCACUCUUAAAUAAGACAAAAGAGGAAAAAUCUAUAUAGUCA